AUGAUGCUCAGGCCAAUCACUGUUCCCCUGUGAUCCCUUCAGUACUACAUUGUUCCUGAACCUCUCCUUUCUCUAUAUGAUCCAUUUGAGUCAAAUCAGUUUAACGGCAAAAAAAUGAAGCAUUUUCCUAUUUUUGCUGACUUGUUGGCUCCUUUUUCUCUUUUAGUUGCUACUUUGGCUGCAGCAAAUGAUGGGCCUUUAUAUGAUUUUACAGCUUAUACAGAGUGUAAAGCAUGGCCGGAGAAGCCACUCUACGGUGGAGGGAUCCUGAAACAUUAGCAUCCGGAGAUGAGGAGCGACACUGGCAAGUUUGCCGUUGGCGUCUACACACCAGUUUUCAUAUUGUACAAUCUGACCCAGGGCACCAGUUACUGUUUUUCUACCUGGGUCAAGAUAGAAGGUACAGAAUCAGCCCUUAUAAGAACAAGCCUAAAGACAGACAAUGAGACAUACAAUUGCAUUGGGACUGUUUUGGCUAAAAGAGGAUGCUGGUCAUUUCUCAAAGGUGGGUUCGUCCUUGAUUCACCUUCAAAUGUAUCUGAAAUAGUAUUUCAGAAUUCUCACAAUGAGGACAUCGAUAUAGUAACUGCCAGUGCUGCACUGCAGCCAUUUACCGAACAGGAAUGGAGGAACAACCAGCAAUACAUAAUUAACACUGUAAUUACUAGCAACAUCCAUUUUUAGUAGUUCAGAAAUGGAACAUGUAUGGUAUUCUCUAUUUGAUUUCAUGCUUAACGAUUUUGUCCUCAAAAGGGCUCCCUUGGAUGAAGGAUUGCAUACAGCAUACCUUAACCAUUAGUAAUAUUUGACAUUUAUCCCGCCUCCCUAACAACCACUGCAUGCCAAUGCAGAGUUGCAGACAUUCUCUCGGGGCAGAAUGCAGCACAAAUCCUGAUAUCAAGGGACAUUCUAAAUCAUUUUGUCAUCACAUUUGCAUAAAUUUUCAUGUGAUAA